UGUGCAGCUCGCAGUCUCACUCAGCACAGCAGUACCCCACUCUUUCACACACUUCUUAAAUCAUAAGCCCUCGCAUCCCGCAAUGUCGGCCGCCAGCACAGAGACUAGCGCCCCGCUGCCCACCGCCGGCAGCCGCGUCUUCUUCCAAGGUGCGCCCGGAGUUGGUUGCGUUGGGUCCGGCCCCAUCACCGGGGACGACCCGGUCCAGAAGAAACAGGGCAAAGUGACGGUCAAGUACGACAGGAAAGAGCUGCGGAAAAGACUCGUCCUGGAGGAGUGGAUCAUCGAGCAGCUCAGCGAGUUGUAUGACUGUGAGGAGGAAGAGAUGCCAGAGGUAGAGAUAGACAUAGAUGAUCUGUUGGAGGUCAACAGUGACGACGAGAGAGCCAGCAAACUGCAGGAAUCAUUAAUAGACUGCUACAAACCAACAGAGGUCUUUGUCCGCGAGUUGCUGGGCAGGAUAAGGGGAAUGAGAAAACUCAGUGCGCCAACUAAGAAGGGCCUAUAAUGGCUGUGAUUUCAACUAUCAAUCAACCAUAAAUUCAUCUCAGCUCCACCUACUUAACCCACUCAACCUGGACUGUCAUCACACAGAAAAACGUAUCUAAACAUAAGAGCAUUACUAACUAUCCUGCAACUUGCAAACAGGCACCAUAAACUCCAUGCAUAUAGCACUAGUCAUUCAUUUCACAAUCACGUAGAAUAACAAGGUGUAUUAUAAUAUUUGACUGUUGAAAGGUACGUAAGCAAAACAGAGCCAACAUGGUUAAAUAGCAUUACAGCCACAAUAAAACGUCAUGCCCUGGAACGUGCCAGAACUGCAACUGUGCUUUAACACGAAUACCACCUUAUUCCACAUUUCAGAGCCAUGUUACAAUCUGAUGCUGUAAUCCCAACAGGCAUAUAGCAUAAAACACCAACAAAAACGGAGGUGGUAAAAAAAUGUUUGUACUGCAGUAGGUGUGAAAUUAGCUGAAGCACUAUGUAAACACGGUGCUUCAUGGUUUUGUCAUUUUUUACUGAGGUAUUUUGCUGUUACUUCUUUUAAAUAAAAUGUACUGUAUGUUGCCAUUUAUUGUUCAUGUGAUUGAAAUGUGGUCUUCAACAGUUUUCAUUUCUCCUACUUUAAAGUCACCCUGCUUAUUCUUACUCCGUCAGUGCUUGCAAACGUAAGGGAGCUCUGUAGUUUUAUUUUAAGCUCAAGGCGUUAAUACAUAAAUUCUGUCCUUGUGUGAUGUGUAAACUCUGGAAAGAGGAAAAGGGAUAUUUUAGCAAGUUAGGCUAAAAUAGUAUGAAGAUUUUUGCUUUUUACCCACUGUUCUACAAUACUUUUCACUACAGCAAGGCAUGAUGGGUGUUGCAGUUCUUGUGUAAAACACCUGUAUGAUUGGCAGCCUUUCACUUAUAAUGUUAUGCAGUGUUCUCUCCUUCAUCAGUAUACAUAUCAGUUGGUCAUUUAGGUUUAAACACAAAGCCCAUAUAUUGCAGUUGUUUCUUACACUCUGGCUCACUUAACCCUGCUAACUUGCCUCUCUAAUAGUGGUUGAUGUUGCCUUUAAGGACAUUCAGGAUCAGUUCACUUUUUUUCUCAGCACUGAACCUUAACUACUGACAACCUAAAAGGCAAAUAUGGUUGAGUCAGAACCUGAGGACAACUUGAAACUUUGACACUGAAACCUGUCAGGUCCUGUAAGGGAAGGUGUGCCAAAACUGGGAGUAUUACAUCUUAAAUGUCAUAUGUCAUAGCGACAUUAGUGUGAUAAAGCAUUUCCACAGAGAUUGUUUGUCAAGUUUGUGAAACAUCUUCCAAGACGGGGGAAUUUUUAGAUGAUUAAGACUUUUCCAGGUUGCAGAAAAUAUGUUGUUUUUUGCAUAAUCCCAGGUUUGAGAGAUGGAUUUAGUUAUAUACUGUUGUUAAUGUGCACCAACACAUUCUAAAACCUGUAAGCUCUGGUACAAUCAUGACUCUGUUAUGGGGUUGGGCCCGGUUUCACUUCCGAGCAGUCAAUCGUGUACCGACCGGAAUAGAGCGGACCUAAAUCUGCCCUAUAAUAUACCCUCAGCUGCCAAAGACAAAAGCAGGGCAAUGUUUGAUUUUAACAUAACACUUGCAGAGCACCCGUCUUGCAUGCUAAGAACAGAGAAAAAACACUAAUAAAGAGUAUAGAUAUUAUGAACCUAUAAUCAAGCAAAAACUACUUUUGGACUUAGCUACCAUGUCUAACUUUAUAGAACUUAUUUCUGUUGAAACAACGUGAAGGUCACGUUGGAGAGAAUGCAGGAACAUUUUUAAAAUGGUGCUGUUUUUGAUGUUUUUCCCAGGUUUUGGUUGUAUAAAACACAAUUUCACUGUCAGUUGAUGCCAGAGAAAUAUGUCUGAAAGAAACGUGUCUGUAUUAUUUAAGGGGUGCAUACAGUCUAAAGUGGCGUCCUCUUUGCAUUUCCGUUCCUCAAUCUGGACUAGGGUGGAUGGGUGUCACCACACUCAGCUAGCAAUGGUUGAUUUGUAUGAAAAAGAUCAUGUGUUUUCUAAAUCAGUGAAUUGAAAGGAAAAGUUGAAGAGGAAGCCAUUAUAGGCAACUACAUCCAGGUCUCAAGUCGAGGUACUCUAUAGGAUUUUCUCUGUCAAGAAACAGUUCAGGGGCAAUAGGCUGAUAUUUUAUAAUUUAUGGGAUUUCAUGUGGAGAGUAUUUUGAAAGUGUCCAUACUAGAAAGCUUUGCGUUUGCAUGUAUUUUUAAAGUUGCAUGUUGAGGGGAACAUUUUGUUGGCCCAAACGUUUUUAUUUCACAAAAUAAAACACUUUCCUUUUUAUACCUUUAUUAUUAUUAAGACUAAAAUAUUCAGUUUUUCAGCUGCAGUUUUUUUUCUGUAUAUCCACAAUAAGCAUUCUUGUUUUUAAAAUUGUAAUGUAGUGUGUGGUUUGUUUUUGCUGAAAAUAAAAAUGCAG